UAGCUGACAUAAUCAAAUUAUAUCCUCAAGAUAACAUCUUGAAAGGCUGACACUGCGCAACCAUCUUCAACCUCGCGACGCCUGCAAUUGGGGAAAGUCAGCCAUGGAUUUCAUCUGAUGGCGAUUCAUUUGAUACAGGUCUGAACUCUAAAGCACAGUAUCAUGUAAAAGUGAGGUGUUCGAAUCUCGUCACUCCUUCUCAUUGCUGCUUUGCCUGUCCUUGUCAUAGUGUUUUCGCUCAAUGGACUCUACAACGUGCGAUUGUCAUCAACUACUUGGUUCAAAACCAAACAGAGAGGUGAUAAUGAACGAGGAAAGGAAAGAUCAAGAAGAAAUUGAUCGAGAUUUUGAUCACAAGAACACAUGCAUGGAAUGGGAGGCCAUACUGCCAACAUUGCCGAAACAAAAAGGGUGGAUGGGCAAUCAUCUUGUGCAAUACCAAGGAGUUUGGUUAAGCCUUUCUGGUCUAAAAGGAGUCAUGCUUGCAAGAGACCACUUCAAGUCUCUACCCACAGACAUUUUCUUAUCCACUUCCCCGAAAGCCGGAACCACAUGGUUCAAGGCAAUUCUCUUCACAAUCAUGAACAGAAGAAAUUACCAGUUCUCAUCACACCCUCUACUUACCACCAAUCCCCAUGAUUUAGUACUCUUCAUAGAAGCCAUGUUCGAUCAAACGACUUUUCCAAGUCCCGUUAAGGACGACAUUUCAUCUCCAAGGUUGCUUUCUACUCAUAUGCCGUAUUCCCUACUACCGAAUUCCAUCAAAACCUCCGGUUGUCGAAUAGUGUACGUGUGCCGUGACCCGAAAGACGCACUCAUUUCCCAAUGGCAGUACCUGAAAAAGCUAAGGCCAAAAGAAAUGCCACCUUUGCUGCUUGAAGAAGCGUUUGAAUUGUUCCGUGACGGGGUCUCACAUUUCGGACCCUUUUGGGACCAUUCCUUGGGCUAUUAUAGAGCUAGUCAAGAGUCACCUAAGAAGGUGUUGGUAUUGACUUAUGAAGCCAUGAUGGUGGAUCCAACAGUCAAUAUCAAGAGAUUGGCUGACUUCAUUGGCCACCCUCUUGACCCAGAGGAAGAGAGUGGAGGAGUGGUGGAGAGGAUGGUGAGCUUAUGUAGCUUCGAGAAUUUGAGCAGCUUGGAAGUGAACAAGAGUGGGGUACAGCAAUUCACUGCUCAGUUCAAGGUGCCAAACAGCAAUUUCUUUAGGAAAGGGCAGAUUGGAGAUUGGAGGAAUCAUCUCACACCUACAAUGGCGGAGAGUCUCAACAAAAUAAGCAAGGAGAGCUUUGGUGGUUCUGAUCUGGAAUUUCUUUAUAGCUGAUUAAGCCUUUGAGGCUGGUAAAUAGAGUUUGCUUUGAUUAUUGGCGUAGUACAGAACCAGAACUGAGACAGAGAGGAGUAAAAGCCAUAAUCAAAAUAUACCUCUAAUGUCAUAUACAUGAAAGAACAUUUUGUUGGGUGGGAACAUAAGUAUUUUCUCAUGUAGGGUAAAAAAAAAUGUACAUAUGUACUGUUAAGUUAUUAAAAAAUUACCACCUCUAAAAUGAAAUUAUUGUAAAUUUUGUUUCUUUUGCUUUCAA